CCGCCGCCCGCUGCGGGGAUGUGUGAUUGCCAUGGCGAGGCGGCUCUUCCCGGGGGCCUGGCUGAGAAAGCCCCACUCCGCGCAGGUACGUUUGUCGUACGUGCGUGUGAAGUAUCUCUUCAUCUCUUGGUUAGUAGUGUUUAUUGGCAGCUGGGUUAUGUAUGUUCAGUACUCCACCUACACAGAGCUAUGCAGAGGACAUGACUGUAGGAAAAUAAUAUGUGAUAAAUACAAGACUGGAGUUAUUGAUGGGUCAGCAUGUAGUAGUCUUUGUGCUAAAGAAACAUUGUAUUUUGGAAAAUGUUUGUCAACAAAGCCCAACAAUCAGAUGUACUUAGGAAUCUGGGGAAAUCUGCAAAGUGUUAUAAAAUGCCAGAUGGAGGAAGCAGCUCAACUUGACUUUGGUACUGACCCAGAACCAAGGAAGGAAGUAGUCCUAUUUGAUAAACCAACAAGAGGAACCACUGUUGAGAAAUUCAAAGAAAUGGUAUAUGGUCUUUUUAAAGCAAAAUUGGGUGAACAAGGAAAUCUUUCAGAACUGGUUAAUCUCAUCCUGUCUUUUGCUGAUGGAAACAAAGAUGGCAGAGUCUCUUUGCCAGAGGCGAAAUCUGCAUGGGCACUUCUGCAGCUAGAGGAGUUUCUGUUAAUGGUGAUCCUCCAGGAUAAAGAACAUACUCCCAAGUUGAUGGGUUUUUGCGGGGAUCUCUAUGUGACGGAAAGAGUUGAAUAUACCUCUCUCUAUGGAAUCAGCCUUCCAUGGAUUAUAGAACUUUUCAUUCCCUCUGGCUUCAGAAGAAGCAUGGACCAGUGGUUCACUCCAUCAUGGCCAAGAAAGGCAAAAAUAGCUAUAGGGCUUUUAGAAUUUGUGGAAGAUAUUUUUCAUGGACCUUAUGGAAACUUUCUUAUGUGUGAUACAAGUGCCAAAAACUUGGGAUAUAACGAUAAAUAUGAUUUGAAAAUGAUGGACAUGAGAAAAAUUGUGCCAGAAAUGAAUUUGAAGGAAAUAAUUAAAGAUCGUCAGUGUGACUCAGAUUUGGACUGCAUUUAUGGCACAGACUGUAGAACACUAUGUGACCAAAGCAAAAUGAGAUGUACCACAGAAGUAAUUCAGCCAAACUUGGCAAAAGCCUGUCAGCUACUUAAAGACUAUCUGCUUCGUGGUGCUCCUUCUGAUAUCCAUGAAGAAUUAGAAAAACAACUGUACUUAUGUAUUGCCCUUAAAGUCACAGCAAAUCAGAUGGAAAUGGAGCAUUCUUUAAUACUCAAUAACUUAAAAACUUUACUGUGGAAGAAAAUUUCUCAUACAAAUGAUUCUUAGCUUCUUCACCAGCAAAGGGAGUAUUGAUGCCUGCCAUUAGAGGUGGUCUGCCACAUUUGAUAAAAACAAUCUGCACCUUUUUUAAAAGAUAUUUCUUUACUCAGAUUUUAUUAAUGGUUCUUUCACUCUUGCCCUUCAGUAAGUACCUUAUGACAGGGCUUCUCAAAGAAUGAACAUGCCACUGAAUGAUGGGGCAGAGGCCAGAAGUACUUCUGGUGUUCAGUGCUGUGUUAUGGAAACAAAAACUCUGCAUGCUUGACCGUUCUGUGCACUUUGUCAGAUCUUGAACAGGAUGAAAGUACUCAGUGUGCCACCACAUCAAGAGAUGGAACAUCUUACAAUUCUGUGAAAAUCACUGCUCACUUGUGAAAUACCUGCAAAGGAUUUUUAUCCCGAGUAGUUUUCUGAAGAAUCACCACUACUGCAAAUAAUGUGUUCAAGUCCAAGCUGCUGUUAUGAAUAAACUGAAUCGUGAGAUUGAA